UGCUGGCUCCCAAGCGGUCAGCACGCCUACUUACGCCAAGCCAAAGUGGAGCCUGAGGGAGGCACCCAACAAGUUAAAGGCAAUGGCACAAGCUCGAUUCUGGCCCUCACUGAAGCCCAGCCUGGUCAACGUGGUCCUUCUCAUCGGUGUAGCAUCAACGGUAUGCAUGAUUGAGAUGACCUGCGAUUGUGUGAUCGAGACUCUGCUGGCUGGACUUUGUAUGCUCCUGGGCUCCAGAUGCAUCCGCCCAGAUCUCCUGGAGAGUCAGGAACGGCCCAUGUCGCGGGGGCGGGCACGUGAGGUGCCGCUUUUAUCAGCAACUCGUGGUGCAAGAGGAGACGCUGCAGCUUCAGACGGGUCGACCGAGUCCGAGGUCAAGAAACCGAAGACGGAGAUCCCUCGUCUCAAGGGCCUGGCGGCGAUGCGGCAGAAGGCCAAGGAGGGCGACUUACAAGCGGUGAUCCGACACUUUGAGGAGAUGGGACCCAACGUGCACAGCUUUAACGCGCUGGUGAAUGCCUCAUUGAAAUCGUCCGGCUGUGCUGCUGCUGAGCAAUGGUUCCAGAAGAUGCAGGAGGCUGGUGUGACGCCAAACCAGACCAGCUAUGCAAUGCUGAUCCAAGGCUGGGCACGUGCUGGAGAGUUGACCCUUGCUGCGAGGUGGAUGGAGCGGCUUUGCUCUUCGGGGCACCGGCCCAACGAGGGCUGCUUUCUGGCACUGCUGGUGGCCUUCUGCCAGCGGAAGGACCUCAACUCGGCGGAAGCCACAGUGCAGGAGAUGGUCCAGGAGUACCCCCAUUUGCGGCCGCAGGCCCAUACCAUCCUGGUGGACGCCUAUGCCAAGGAGGGCAACCUUCAGCGUGCAGAACAUUGGAUGCGACCGAUCGCACAAGAUGGCGAAGCCACCGUGGUGAGCUACGGAGCUAUUUUGGACGCCUGCGCCAAGACGUCCCACGCCGUGAAAGCCAUGGAGUGGCACGAGCGGAUGUUGACGCAGAAUGUGAGACCGAACAAGCACACCUCUACUGCGCUGCUGACUGCUCUUGCUAGCUGCGGCUACCUUCAGGAAGCUUUGGAGAUCUUGAAGUCAAUGGGUGCAUAUGGCCUGGUGGGAGAUGCAAUCACUUACACCUCCUUGCUGGGCGCAUGUGCCAAAGCGAGGGAGGUUGAGUGUGCGGAGCAAGUGUUUGGGCUGAUGCAAGAACGUGGGAUCCAGCCAAACAUCCUCACCUACACCUCAUUGGCCCGAGCAUAUGCAAAUUGUGGGAAGUGGCAGAAGGCGGAGAAGUUGGGUAUACGGAUGGAAGGCGCAGGACUCCGCAUGAACGAUUUCUUCCUUUACGCCCUGCUCUUGGCCUACGGCAUGGCCUAUCCCAAGCAAGAGAAGCGAGCGGAAGAGACCUUUCUUCGAGCCAGACCCCCACCCUCUUGUCUACAUAGGCGUGAGUGGGAUUUCAUGUAUUUUCGGCUGUAACUGACAGGUGUGGUGCGUCAGGGAGAUGUACAGAUCAACAAGCACCUCUUCUUUGGUCUCUGCCGCGCUGUUGGCCGUCCAAGGGCCAGGCAGCUCAUAGACAUGUGUUGCAUGAAUUCAGUCAGUGCAUAAGGCUGAAGAAGGAAAAGCAUGAUGUGGAGCCUCUGGUGGCAUGGUGAAAUCAAGA